UUGUUUUCCUAUUGCAGAUUAAAAUAUUGCUAAAUUUUAUUCUAAACGACUGGAAGAUACUGACAAGUGAACUACCGGUGCUGGAGAAAACGACUGCACAAGGGAAUAGACUUGCCUAUUUAUACAGAGUUGCUUUACUGGUGACCGUUGUAUGUUUUAUAUAUAUUCCAUUAAUAAAUCCAACAUUGGAUUUAAUAUUGCCACUAAAUGAAACUCGACCAAGGGAACAACUAUACGGUGUUUAUUACGUAUUUAUAGAUAUCGACGAUCAUUUUACCAGUGUUUUUCUUCAUUUGAGUUGGACCGCAUUCGUGAUAGUGUACAAUGUCAUUGCCGUAGAUUCUUUAUACAUUUUAAUCAUUCAUCACGUUUGUGGAUUGUUUGAUAUAUGCGGAUACCAGAUUGAAAUGGCAUUAGCAGAAAAUAGAGUACAGUACCAUCAGUUCAAGCUAUGCGUGAUAACCCAUCACAAAGCUCUGGAGUUUUUCGGUUACCUACAAAAAUGUACUCAGAACAUGUUCCUGCUAGUGGUGGCAAUAAACAUGAUACUCAUCAGCACGACGGCCGUUCAAAUACUUAUGCACAUGGAUCGUCCUCUGGACAGUACCAGAUUCAUUCUGUUCUUUUUGUGCUCGCACUUUCAUUUGUACGUUAUCAGUCUGUUUGGGCAAAUUGUACUGAAUCACAGCACAGUAUUAGCAAAAAGAAUAUACAACUGCAACUGGUACGAGGUACCCAUCAAGUUUCAGAAGUUACUGUGUUUCAUGAUAGUGAGGAGCAGCAAACCAUGCAUUUUGAGCGCGGGAGGACUGUAUGACAUGAACAUGCAGAACUAUGCAAUAGCAGUGAAAACGUGUAUGUCAUAUUUUACGAUGUUUCUGUCAAUGAGGGAGUGAGUGUAGCUAUCAAACUCAAGUAAGCAAAAGUCAAUGAAACUGUAUCCACUAACAAGAUUUUCUAGCAAAUCGGAAGUCAAUAGUUGUUGCAUAAUACACAAAUUUAUAUUACGCGGAGCUUUCCGAUGAAAUCAUGGUAAAAUCACUAAGAUAUUUAAAGCUUAUAGACCACCAUUCUGUCGUCAUGUAUUCUUUUCUAGUUUUAUAAUGAACAUAAAUAAUUAGUCGAUAAUGUUGAUGUUAAUUUUAAUGAAGGAUGUUACAUGUACGUGAACUAAGCUAUUAUGUACGUGAGUUAUUGUAACGAAACUGUGAAUAUGACAGUGUUUCAUCUAUACAACAUUUGAAUGCAAGAGUGUUUUUCGUGAUACACAAUUCACCAGAACUGCGAAACCUGUUGCAAAAGGAGACACUGAAACAGGAUAAAUAAAUUACGUACAGGUUGAUCACAGAUACGUGUCACAGUAUAUUUACCAUGAAGACACUAAGAAAAUUGUCUCCUAGAAACGUGCCAAAAACACCGACUAGCAAAUACUUCAAAACCACCUGCAGGUCCCACGAAGGUUUCCCUUCAAUUCCAUCGCGAUCAUUUAUUAUUUACAACAAUGAAAGUUGUCAGUUGCGAAUCAAAUCAUCCUACCACGAUUCGGGAAGAAGAAGGUAAUCUAUGUCUGUCAGUUACCAAACAUGAUCGACACAGCAAUUCACGGGAUCAAGAGCAGGUGGAAUUAUCGACCGCAGUACUCUGACAGAUUCGCCUGAUUUAUUUAACACAGUUAUCGUAACUGACAGCGAGGUGACAAUGUAGGUAUAAAGAAAACCACGCGACAUUUUCUGGAAAUAUUUCGAUCGCGACGUUUGUGCCGUACCAGUUAAAAAUGCCGAACAAGGAACCCACAAGAGAUAACAGUACGAGAGGAUCUUAAUUCUCGAUACACUUAACAAAUUGUGUAGUAAUUAUGAGAAUGUUCAGCUACUCAUCUGCUAACGAAUAUUUAUCUUUGUAUUUUCAUUUUUCGCGAAAGUGAAUUUGUAUCGACUGUAACGUAUUCGGUCGCUAUUAAUUUUAUCAAUCAAUGGAUUUCCAUUGAAGUGUGGAUAUUCAGUAUUUCAGAAUGAACAAGUGCAGGAGGUGUUCGAUCUCCAUCACUACAAACCGCUUAAAAAGUAUUUAACGUCGCUCGGAUUGAAUCCGUUCAACGAGACUCGGGGAAGCAAGAUCGGUGUGAAUGUGGUGUUUUACACUUUAGUCACAGUCAUGAUACCAUUGGUAAAACACUUUUACAAUUUUAUAUUCCAUCAUUCGAAAUUAGAGACUACAGUCACUUUUAAACCGUCAUCAACUGCAGUUAUCUGUGAUUUUGUGAUUCUUUUUUCUUCACAUUUUUCUAUUUUCUCUUUGUCACUCUGUGGAGGAAUGCUAACGAAUGUUAACAGAGGUAGAAUUAUUUAGUUACAUCGCGUACUUCAAAAGUAAUAAUCUCAACUAGGAUCCACGGUUCCACAGAUUUUACAGUUAGGUAUAGUAAUCCGAGACACGGAUUUCGAUGCAAUAAUCGACCAAGUACCUCACAUACUCCUAGUCGUUGCAAGCUUAAUUAAAUUUGAAAACUUUUUACUGAACAAGAAACGUGUACGUACAAACAUACUACCUCAUAAACAAUCAUAGCCCUUGUACUAACCGUCCUACGUUGCAGUUUAAAGUGUUGCUAAAUUUUAUCCUGAACGAUUGGAAGGUUUGGACGCAUGAACUAACGGUGCUGGAGAAAUCGACCGCACGAGGGAGUAAACUUGCACAGCUUUACAGAGUCACCUUAAUCGCAGCUACACUAGGCUUCAUAUAUAUACCCUUAAUAAAUCCGACACUGGACUUAAUAAUGCCUCUCAAUGAAACUCGACCAAGGCAACAACUAAUAUGUGCUUAUUAUGCUUUCAUUGACGUUGACGAACAUUUUACCGGUGUUUUUCUCCACUUGGGUUUGUCCGCGUUUUUGACCGUCUACAAUAUCGCUGUCGUAGA